AUGUCCCAGCACCUGCUUCUCCCACUUGCCAUCCUUGCCAUAAGCCCCAUCCCAGGAGCCUUCCAGGACUCAGCUCUCAGUCCUACCAAAGAAGAACCUGAAGAUCUGGACUGCGGUCGCCCUGAGCCCUCUGCCCGAAUCAUGGGGGGCUCAGACUCGCAGCCGGGCACCUGGCCGUGGCAGGUGAGCCUGCAUCAGGGCGGGGGCCACAUCUGCGGGGGCUCCCUCAUCGCCCCCUCCUGGGUCCUCUCGGCCGCUCACUGUUUCGUGACGAAUGGGACCUUGGAGCCCGCGGCCGAGUGGUCGGUAGUGCUGGGCGUGCAUUCCUAUGACGGACCCCUGGACGGCGCGCACGUCCGCUCGGUGGCCGCCAUCCUGGUACCGGACAACUACAGCGGCGUGGAAAGUGGUGCCGACGUGGCCCUGCUGCGCCUGGCCUCUCCCGCCAGGCUGGGCCCCACCGUGCGGCCCGUCUGCCUGCCCCGCGCCUCGCACCGCUUCGCUCACGGCACCGCCUGCUGGGCCACGGGCUGGGGGGACGUCCAGGAGGCCGACCCCCUGCCUCUCCCCUGGGUGCUACAAGAAGUGGAGCUAAGGGUGCUGGGAGAAGCUGCCUGUCAGUGUCUCUACAGCCGGCCUGGUCCCUUCAAUCUCACUUUCCAGCUAUUGCCAGGGAUGCUGUGUGCUGGCUACCCAGAGGGCCGCAAGGACACCUGCCAGGGAGACUCUGGGGGGCCCCUGGUCUGCAAGGAAGGUGGCCGAUGGUUCCAGGCCGGAAUCACCAGCUUUGGCUUUGGCUGUGGACGGAGGAACCGCCCCGGAGUCUUCACUGCUGUGGCUCCCUAUGAGGCAUGGAUAAGGGAACAGGUGUUGGGCUCGGAGCCUGGCCCUGCCUUUCCCACCCAGUCCCCGGAGCUCCAGUCAGGUCUCCCCGAGCCCACGGAUGAGAACUGUACCAUCGCCCUGCCAGAGUGCGGGAAGGCCCCAAGACCAGGGGCCUGGCCCUGGGAAGCCCAGGUGAUGGUCCCAGGAUCCAGACCCUGCUAUGGAGCACUGGUGUCUGAAAGCUGGGUCUUGGCACCUGCCAGCUGCUUUCCAGGCCGCAUCAGCUCAGAUCUCCCACCCCGCGACCUGGACCACUGGCGCGUGAUGCUGCCCUCGCGCCCGCGCGCGGAGCGGGUGGCACGCCUCGUGCCGCACGAGAACGCCUCGUGGGACGACGCCUCGAACCUGGCGCUGCUGCAGCUGCGCGCGCCCGUGAACCUGAGCGUGGCCCCGCGGCCAGUGUGCCUACCCCACCCAGAACACUAUUUCCUGCCCGGGAGCCGCUGCCGCCUGGCUCGCUGGGGCCACACGGAACCAGUGCCCGGAGCCGGUUCGCUGCUUGAGGCGGAGCUGUUGGCCGCCUGGUGGUGUCAUUGCCUGUAUGGCCGCCAGGGGGAGUCAGUGCCGCCGCCGGGAGAGCCGCCUCUAGCUCUCUGCCCCGCCUACCAGGAAGAGGAGGUGGCGGGCCGCUGCUGGAACUACUCUCAUUGGAGCCUUCUAUGCCGGGAAGAGGGGACCUGGUUCCUGGCUGGAAUCAGAGACUUACCCAGUGACUGCCUGCGUCCCAGAGCCUUCUAUCCGCUGCAGACCCACGGCCCAUGGAUCAGCCAUGUGACUCGGGGAGCCUACCUGGAGGACCAGUUGUCCUGGGACUGGGGCCCUGAGGGGGAGGAGACUGAGACACAAACUUGUCCCCCUCACACAGAGCAUGGCGCCUGUGGACUGCGGCCAGAGCCGGCUCUGACGGGGGGCCUGUGGCCCUGGCUGGCAGAGGUGCAUGUAGCUGGAGAGCGAGUCUGCACUGGGAUCCUCGUGGCCCCAGGCUGGGUCCUGGCAGCCACUCACUGUAUCCUCAGGCUGGGCUCUACAACAGUGCCUUAUAUUGAAGUGUACCUGGGCCGGGCUGGGGCCAGCCCCCUCCCACAGAGUCACCAGGUAUCCCGGCUGGUCAUCAGCAUCCGCCUGCCCCGGCACCUGGGACUUCGGCCCCCCCUGGCCCUCCUGGAGCUGAGCUCCCGGGUGGAGCCCUCCCCAUCAGCCUUGCCCAUCUGCCUUCACCCAGGGGGUACUCCCCUGGGGGCCAGCUGCUGGGUGCUGGGCUGGAAGGACCCCCAGGACCGAGUCCCUGUGGCUGCUGCUGUCUCCAUCUUGACACCACGACUCUGUCACUGCCUCUAUCAGGGCAUUCUGCCCCCUGGAACUCUCUGUGUCCUGUAUGCAGAGGGGCAGGAGGACAGGUGUGAGGUGACCUCAGCACCUCCGCUCCUGUGCCAGACUGAGGAAGGCUCUUGGGUCCUCGUGGGCAUGGCUGUUCGAGGCAGCAGGGACCUAUUUGCCGCCAUCGGACCCGAAGAGACCUGGAUCUCCCAGACAGUGGGGGAGGCGCAUUUCCUGCCCCCCAGUGGCUUCCCCCACUGGCUCCCAGAAGGCGGCGACCUCUGUCCCCCUGACAUGGCCAGGGCCUCAGGUUCCCCUCGAGCUGCUCUCUUCCUGCUGCUACUGACCCUCCUGAUCCAGGAGAACGGAAAUCCUGCUUCAAGCCACUGCAGGCCGAGGCCACCCAAGAUCACCCAUGCCCACCUGGAUCUUGCCUUUGAACCCCAGCCUGAGGUCCCUUCCUUUGGGUGCCUGGUGUCUUCCCAGGGCCCCUGGUCCUGGGUCAUGGCCCGGAGGGCAGGGCUGGGGCCUAGGUGGUUGGAGGCUCUGGCCACUCUGCUUUUGCUUGGAUUAUUCCGGAAUGAGAUGGGAGCCGUUGGGGCUGAAGCCUCCUGCGGCGUGGUCCACCAAGCACGUAUCACAGGUGGUAGCGAUUCAGCCCACGGCCAGUGGCCCUGGCAGGUCAGCAUCAGCUACAACGGUGCCCACGCGUGUGGCGGCUCUCUCCUGUCUGAGCAGUGGGUGCUGUCGGCUGCUCACUGCUUCCCAAGGGAGCACCGCACAGAGGACUACGAGGUAAAGCUGGGGGCCCACAAGCUGAACUACUACAGCUCUGACACCGAGGUCCGCAUGGUGGCGCAGGUCAUUUCCCACCCCAGCUACCUCCAGGAGGGCUCCAUGGGUGACAUUGCGCUCCUCCAGCUCAAACGCUCUGUCACCUUCUCUCGCUACAUCCGGCCCAUCUGCCUCCCCGCAGCCAACGCCUCCUUCCCCAAUGGUCUCCAGUGCACUGUAAUGGGAUGGGGCCACGUGGCCCCCUCAGUGAGCCUCCCGGCCCCCAAGACGCUGCAGCAACUUGAGGUGCCACUGAUCAGUCGCGAGACCUGUAACUGCCUGUACAAUAUCAACGCCAAGCCCGAGGAGCCCCACUUUAUCCAGCAGGACAUGGUGUGUGCUGGCUAUGUGAAAGGGGGCAAGGACGCCUGCCAGGGUGACUCUGGGGGCCCACUCUCCUGCCCAGUGGGGGGCCGCUGGUACCUGGCAGGCAUCGUAAGCUGGGGUGAUGCCUGUGGGGCCCCCAACAGGCCUGGUGUGUAUACUCUGACCUCCAGCUAUGCCUCCUGGAUUCACCACAAAGUGGCAGAGCUCCAGCCUCAGGUGGUGCCCCAAAUCCAGGAGUCCCAGCCUGAUGGCAACCUCUGCAGCAACCACAGGGCCUUCAACCCUGCCCCAGCCCCAGGCUUGGUGGGACCCCUCCUUCUGCUGCCACUAGGCCUGACCCUGGGCCUCCUCUGCCCACAGCACGACCACUGAGCUACUCACCCUGGGAGCUGACUUGCUUCCGGGACCUCCACAUCACACCCGAGGGCACACGCCUGCUCCCAGGAUGCCUGACUUUGAGCCACUCCUUCCUCCCAGGACCCUGUGGGAGUUCAAAGCACCAUCCUGACCUUUGAGCCCACUCUUCUGGGUUGCUCUUUGGGACUGUAACCUCCAUCACAGGAGUUUACUGCCUAGGAGUCUACUGGCUAGAAACUCUGGUCACCUCCAUCUGCUGUCCACAAGCCUAUCGAUUGGGCUCCUGUGGAGCCCCCAAGGACCCUCGGCUAUGAAAGUGGGCCCCGGCUCCCCACCUGUUUCUAGAAGACGCCCAGAUGCCUGCUGCUGAAAGGCUGGCUGUAGCACCUCACCUGCUCUGCCUGAUGAGCCCCAUCAUUUCACCCUCUCACUGUUUUCUGGGUUGGGGCUGCCUCUGAGCAGCAUGCUUUCAAGGACAGAAAAGGCCCCACGCUUGCCUCACUGGCUGCCAUGCCCCCCUGAGCCCCGACUCCUGGACUCCGGAGGACUGAGCCCCCACCGGAACUGGGCCCCGACUUGCACCUGGUGUGCGGGGUUAGACGGAGCGAGAUGGAGUAAAACGUUCUGAGCACAACUGGCCAUGUGUGUGUGACGUGAAAUGACGCCCAUCCGCUCUGGGCCUCUCCCUCCCACCUCCAAAGUCCAGAGCCACUCGCAGAACUUACUUUAUUAAA